AAUCAAACUAGAGCAAGCUAAGGGCCCCCCAGGAAUCAGGAUCACUUUUUGCAAACCCGAGGAGCUGAAUAAGCGAGAUGCGUCUGACAAGCAGGUCCGCGCGCAUUCGACAAAAUAAUCAGCCUCGUCCCCUUACUUCCUCGAAGUUCUUCUCUCAUCCUUUCGGCCCCGAGAAUGCGCCUUGCCUCGGCCCUUUACCGUCCCCUACGCAGAUCCAGUGCCAGUGCCAGUGCCAUUCAUUAAACCUACUACCACCAUGUCUACCUCGGACAUCAAAGGCUACGCCAUUCGCCGCAAUAAUUCAUGUCUAAGCGACGAAGUCGGAUGCGGACGAACAUGGGAAACCUGGCACGCUUGCUGCCCGUCCGGGUCCAAAUGUCCCGGAAAAGAGUACUCGAUUCAGAACAAUGUCUGCUGUCCGACUUGGACGGACUGCACUUCCGAGAUCAAACCUGCCACCUGCGCCAAUAGCUCCUGGAAUAUGUACGACUACGAUGGAUAUUUCUGCUGCACCGAGGACGAGAGUGGCUUCAGACUCAAGGGGACAGACUGGGUGGGCUGCUUGAGCCCCGACUCGCCGGGCAAUGCCAGUUACAGCGCCUUGCAGUUGAUCGCAACAACCUCCUCAACCGCAACUUCAGCCCCCACAUCCACAGCCGCAUUAACCGCCACAGCAUCAGCAGCAACAACCACAGCAGCAUCAUCCACCGGUUCCGGCUCAAGCACCAACACGGGCGCAAUAGCCGGGGGCGUCGUCGGCGGUGUCGCCGGCGUCGCAGCAAUAGCCGGCCUUCUUUUCUACUUCCUGCGACGGCGCAAUAAGCAACGACCGGAGUCGCAAACACAGAUGCAUCUCCAACCACAGGACCCUAGCCCUCAAUACUCGGCAUACGCCUACAGUCAGACUCAGCAACCAUAUUCCGCCCCAGCGAGCGAAUUAGAUGGCCAGUCUGCGCCUGUGGAAUUACCCUCGAAUAAUGGUCCGAAAGCUGAGUUGGCGGGGUAUCGGUGAUGAAUGA